UUAACGUGCAGCUGCCAUUAACUUGUAUGAACUGCCCGCCCAAACACAUCCUUAAACUCAAAUUUCAAAAUCCGAAGUACUGUUUUGUUCUGUCACACUGUUCCACCGUCUGGGUCCUUGUAUAUAUAACCUCUUGCAGAUGGUGGAAACUCUCCGGAUUGAAGAUAACUUUGUUUAAGGCCUCCGACCACAAAUCUGAAUUCAGAACCCUCCCCAAACAAACCAGAUAAAUCUCAUCGGCGUCCUCAAUUCCAUGGCCAAUUCUGAUGCAUCUCCUCAUCUCCCUCGUGCCAAUCCACUCUCCUCCAAGAAGGAGAAUAUUACUCCGUUUGGCUCAAAGAUCGCGGAACUAAAUGAAUCAAGGGCUGACCUGCUUAAUAGAAUUCAAGGUUUGAAACAGGUGACUUUAAGCAAUGCUUUCUCAGUGGGAACAAUGGAUUUGCAAAAUUGGAGAUCAAAGUUAGACACUCAAGUUAUGAUCUAUCGCGAUGAGCUUUCAGAUCUCAAGAAAUCACUAAAUGUUGAAGUAGAGCAACUUCGAUCAGAAUUUCAAGAACUGAGGACCACUCUCCAGCAGCAGCAACAAGAGGAUGUUACUUCUAGCCUAAGAAACUUGGGGCUGCAGGAUGUCACAACGGAUGCUAAAAAUGCUCAGGCUCAAGAUUGCAGGGUUGAGGGAAGUGACAAGGAAGGACGUAUUUUGCCCAAGGAGGAAGACGAUAAUGAUAAAGAAAGUGAAAGCUAGAUGGCUUAAUUCGCGAGUGUGCAUGCCUUUUUUUGGGUUUUGCACCAAAAGGAGAUGGGCAUUAUUCCGUGAAUCUGUACCAAUGUUGUUUAUAGAGAAAUUUAAAUAGGGAAAUGAUAUUUGCAGUUAUGUAGUGUUAGUAUAUAAAUUUAUGACUCGUAUGAAAAUUUUAUUUUUUUAAUGCGUCUCCUACU